AUGGCUUCCAAAGAGUUGCAUGUUGUUGGAUUUCCAUCUUAUUUAGACAUAGUUUUCAUCAUAUUCAUCCUUUUAUUGGCAGCUUUUAUGUAUCUGUAUAGAACAAUAGCCCUCAUAGACACAUUUCUGUAUGACUUCGAUAAGAGACCACGGUUAUCAUCCUUGUAUUUUAAGGGGUUGUGUAGAGGUGUGUUGAUGAAACAAGGGAAACUGUAUGAUGGGGAUGCAGAUGCUCAUGCAGUGCAGAUCUAUGCAAGGAAAUGCAGGGUUGAUGUAGGACACCUUAGACUUUACAAGGCAGUAUGUGGUUAUCCUCAUACCUGCAAGAUACCAGUUUACUACAUGGAGUGUUUCUCUAUUCCUGUUGUCACAACACUCGUCACGUCUUCCAAGUUCAGGCUUAGUCCUUUAGGGUUAAUCCAUAUCAGAGAGGUGACGGAUCAGUAUGAAGACAUCUUGGUCGGAACGUACAACGUAUCUGCCAAGGUUUCAGAAUACCGGGAGACAGAACGUGGUGUUGAAGUGGACAUUAAGGUCGAGACGUUUAAUGAAGACGAAAUAUGUGUUGUGAAAAGCAUUGUUACUCUACUCUCAAGAUCAAAGGCAGCACAGAAGGGUGGAGGGAGGAAAACACAUCCUGAGACAGCUGAAGAAGGUGACUCGCCUGAAACCAUUGCAUUUGAAGUUCCUCCAGGUAUUGGUGUGAAGUAUGCUCGUGUGUCGGGAGAUUAUAACCCUCAUCAUCUCUACAAGUUGACUGCCAAAGUCUUUGGUUUUAAGUCGCCUAUAGCACCCGGCAUGUGGACUGUUGCACAUACCCUGGCGGAACUCCAUAAAAAUGGGUUUGUCCAGUUGGGUGCCCCACUCCAUGUGGAAGCCUUCUUCAAGAGGCCAUUAUUCAUUCCUGGUGACGUUCUUGUAAAGCAUACGAUGGACAGCAGUGAAGAUGGAUGCACUUUCCGCGUUGAAAACAAGGAUACGAAAGAACCACAUGUGAUUGGUUCUAUUUCAAAUACAGCUAAAAGUGUUGCCAGAUAGACUGCCUAAGUAAGAACAUGUACACAUACAGAGUGGUGUUUCUCUCUGAGGCUUGGUAUCCAUUGAUCGUUUUCUUGUGGACUUGUAGCACUGUGACCUUGUGACCUGGCAGAAGAAUGAGCUUGUUCAUUCUUUAUAUUCCCAGUGGCUGUCCCAAAGCAGUGGGUGUAGUUUUACUUAAACACCCUAUUUCAAUGCAGUCCAGUUACAUGCAGUGUACAUGUAAUCGCAGUUGCCAUGUUCAGAUAUUCUAAAUAUAUUGAGAUGUAUACAUAUAUAUUUGUAUGAGUGCACAGUCUAUUCUCUGUAAUCCAACUCUUGGGCGAUCUUGAUAUUCGUUUAAAAAAGACGCUGCCAUUUAAAAUGAGAAUUUGAAUGAAUCACUCAAGAUUGGAAUUUGACGCUGUCCGUUUUUGUAGUCUUCCCUAAAUGUACAAUGUACGGAGCCAAGUAAGUAGUGCAAUUUAUGUUUUUCUUAACGCAUUUGAAUAUUUUCGGGGCAGUUUCUGUUGCUCCUGAUGUGCCAAUGCUAUGCACUCAUUGUUAAUGCAAAUUGUUGAUGCAAAUUUUGUAUUGUUGUGGAAGAAAUAAACUCGCAGCCUUUGAAUUUUAUCCAAA